AUGGGUAAUGUGGUGGUGUCAGGCGGCUUGUAUGCACUAGGCUUCACAACAGUGACAUGCAGAGCUAAUGAUACUGCACUGAAUGAAGGAUCUUGCCUGUUUAACAUCACUGUUGUUGACAAUGAAGCUCCUACACUUACAUGUCCAAGUGACGUGCCUUCCAUGAAUGUGGACCCUGGAACAGCCUCGUCAAAUGUCACAUGGUCAGCACCACCAUCAGCCAAUGAUAUUGUUGAUGGUGAUGUCACAGCCAAUGUUGUGUGUACAGAUGAUACGGGUAAUGUGGUGGUGUCAGGCGGCUUGUAUGCACUAGGCUUAACAACAGUGACAUGCAGAGCUAAUGAUACUGCACUGAAUGAAGGAUCUUGCCAGUUUAACAUCACUGUUGUUGACAAUGAAGCUCCUACAGUUACAUGUCCAAGUGUUGUGCCUUCCAUGAAUGUGGAUCCUGGAACAGCCUCGUCAAAUGUCACAUGGUCAACACCACCAACGGCCAAUGAUAUUGUUGAUGGUGAUGUGACAGCCAAUGUUGUGUGUACAGAUGAUAUGGGUAAUGUGGUGGUGUCAGGCGACUUGUAUGCAGUAGGCUUAACAACAGUGACAUGCAGAGCUAAUGAUACUGCACUGAAUGAAGGAUCUUGCCUGUUGAACAUCACUGUUGAUGACAAUGAAGCUCCUUCAGUUACAUGUCCAAGUGAUGUGCCUUCCAUAAAUGUGGACCCUGGAACAACCUCGUCAAAUGUCACAUGGUCAGCACCACCAUCAGCCAAUGAUAUUGUUGAUGGUGAUGUCACAGCCAAUGUUGUGUGUACAGAUGAUAUGGGUAAUGUGGUGGUGUCAGGCGGCUUGUAUGCACUAGGCUUAACAACAGUGACAUGCACAGCUAAUGAUACUGCACUGAAUGAAGGAUCUUGCCUGUUUAACAUCACUGUUGUUGACAAUGAAGCUCCUUCAGUUACAUGUCCAAGUGAUGUGCCUUCCAUAAAUGUGGACCCUGGAACAGCCUCAUCUAAUGUCACAUGGUCAGCACCACCAUCAGCCAAUGAUAUUGUUGAUGGUGAUGUCACAGCCAAUGUUGUGUGUACAGAUGAUACGGGUAAUGUGGUGGUGUCAGGCGACUUGUAUGCACUAGGCUUAACAACAGUGACAUGCACAGCUAAUGAUACUGCACUGAAUGAAGGAUCUUGCCUGUUUAACAUCACUGUUGUUGACGAUGAAGCUCCUACACUUACAUGUCCAAGUGACGUGCCUUCCAUGAAUGUGGAUCCUGGAACAGCCUCGUCAAAUGUCACAUGGUCGGCACCUCCAUCAGCCACUGAUAUUGUUGAUGGUGAUGUCACAGCCAAUGUUGUGUGUACAGAUGAUAUGGGUAAUGUGGUGGUGUCAGGCGGCUUGUAUGCAGUAGGCUUAACAACAGUGACAUGCAGAGCUAAUGAUACUGCACUGAAUGAAGGAUCUUGCCAGUUUAACAUCACUGUUGUUGACAAUGAAGCUCCUUCAGUUACAUGUCCAAGUGAUGUGCCUUCCAUGAAUGUGGACCCUGGAACAGCCUCGUCAAAUGUCACAUGGUCAGCGCCCCCAUCCGCCAAUGAUAUUGUUGAUGGUGAUGUCACAGCCAAUGUUGUGUGUACAGAUGAUAUGGGUAAUGUGGUGGUGUCAGGCGACUUGUAUGCAGUAGGCUUAACAACAGUGACAUGCAGAGCUAAUGAUACUGCACUGAAUGAAGGAUCUUGCCUGUUUAACAUCACUGUUGAUGACAAUGAAACUCCUUCAGUUACAUGUCCAAGUGAUGUGCCUUCCAUGAAUGUGGACCCUGGUACAACCUCGUCAAAUGUCACAUGGUCAGCACCACCGUCAGCCAAUGAUAUUGUUGAUGGUGAUGUCACAGCCAAUGUUGUGUGUAAAGAUGAUACGGGUAAUGUGGUGGUGUCAGGCGACUUGUAUGCACUAGGCUUAACAACAGUGACAUGCAGAGCUAACGAUACUGCACUGAAUGAAGGAUCUUGCCAGUUUAAUAUCACUGUUGAUGACAAUGAAGCUCCUACAGUUACAUGUCCAAGUGAUGUGCCUUCCAUGAAUGUGGACCCUGGAACAGCCUCGUCAAAUGUCACAUGGUCGGCACCUCCAUCAGCCAAUGAUAUUGUUGAUGGUGAUGUCACAGCCAAUGUUGUGUGUAAAGAUGAUCUUGGUAAUGUGGUGGAGUCAGGCGACUUGUAUGCAGUAGGCUUAACAGCAGUGACAUGCAGAGCUAAUGAUACUGCACUGAAUGAAGGAUCUUGCCAGUUUAACAUCACUGUUGUUGAUAACGAGGGACCAAUAGUCACCUGUCCGAGCAAUGAGUCUCUUACGAAUGUGAUGUCAGGAACUGAUAUGGCUCAGAUCGUUUGGUCAGCAUUGCCCUCGGCCAAUGAUAUUGUGGAGGGUGCCAUUGGAGCUAAUGCCAUUACAUGUGAAGAUGGUAAUUCCAUGACGGUAACGUCUGGAGACAGCUAUAAGAUAGGUAUAACGACAGUGACAUGCACAGCGUCUGAUUCAGCCAUGAAUCAAGGAUCAUGUCAAUUUGACAUAACUGUUGAAUGUGAACUGUCCGCCUCCAACUGCUCAAACGGAGGAACAUUUGAUCCUAGUUUCUGUGAAUGUCUCUGUCAAGAGGAUUACUCUGGAGAAACCUGCGACAACUUUAAUCCUUGCACGGUAGACACCAGCUUAUGCACGAUAGAGACAGGACAGUAUUGCGUUGCAAAUGACAGCAUCGUGGCUGGUUACACGUGCGAGUGUAGAGAUUAUGAUGGCUUUGUUGAAACAGCUGAUGGUUCAUGCGAAGAAACGCCGACCUUAAAGGUUGCUGGGAUAAAAAUAAACGCGCCUUUUACUUUAGGACUGAGGAACCGCCGCAGCCGUGCAUUUCGACGGAUGUCUAGAUUCUUCAUUAGAGCGAUGAGAAGGCUGUUUAGAACCAGACAUGCCACGAGAAAUUUCCUGUUCUUCAGCAUCCUGGGCUUCAGAAGUGGUAGUGUAGUAGCUGAUAUGUCUGCAUCAUUCCCCAGUAAUUCAACUCUGCCAAACGUAACGGACAUUAUGGAUACAUUGGCCAAUGCUACAAUUUCAGACGGAGUCAUGAAUUUCACCAUUGACGUGUCAGAUCUUGCGGUUGAAGAUAUUGAUAGCUGUAUGGCCGCUCCCUGCUUGAAUGGAGGUACCUGUAAUAAUACUAUUGCCAACUUCACCUGUACUUGUGCACCUGGAUUCGGCGGAGAAACAUGUGAAAUUGACAUUGAGGCUCCAGUUGUCAGCUGUCCGAUGAGUGCUCCUCCCGUGAAUGUGGUUCCGGGGACAGCAUCAAAUGUCGUCUGGUUUACCUUACCAACAGCCUCUGAUAAUGUUGAUGUGAACAUCACAGAUAGUGCAGUAUGUGAAGACGAUUUGGGUAAUGUGGUGAUUUCUGGUGGAACAUAUACAGCAGGCCUAACGUUAGUGACAUGCAAGGUUUUGGAUAGUGACAUGAAUGAAGGAUCGUGCCAAUUUAACAUCUCUGUGGUUGACAAUGAAGCUCCAACCAUCGCAUGUCCGGAUAAUCCUGCAUUGGCCCAGUUAGGGAUCCAAACUAGUGGAGUUGCAGUCGUUUGGACGCCACUGCCUUCAGCCAAUGACACAGUUGAUGGUAUCCUCACUCCGGCUUGCUUAGAUGAUUCUGGUAAUCAAGUAGCGUCCGGAGACGACUUUGGGGUAGGCUUGACGACAAUUAUCUGUACAGCUCAGGACGCCGCUUCAAACGAAGCAACAUGCAACUUCAAUAUUACAAUAGAGUGUGUGCUGUCAGCUGUGAACUGCUCAAAUGGUGGGACAUUCAGUGCUGAUUUCUGUGAGUGUCUAUGUCCAUCAAAUUACACUGGAGACACUUGUGAAGAUUUAAGCCCAUGCUUGGUGAAUAGCAGUUUGUGCAGUUCUGAAGUUGGGACAACCUGUAUAGCAAGUGGGAACAGCUACACCUGCGAAUGCAACUCAUGGGAUGGAUACUUUAGACAAAACGGUUCAUGUAUCAAAUUGCCAACGCUGCUAUUGCAGUUCACUGCUCCUACUUUGACUUUUAUAUCUGCCUACGGUAACACACAAAGUGCUGCGUUUAGCACUUUGGCAGCCCAAAUGGAAAUAUUGGUACUAGCCUCCCUGCAGUCCUCUCCAGCAACUGCCGAAGCCCUCGCGGCUAGAGUGCUGUCCUUUGCUGCGGGAAGUGUAGUUACUAAUGCUGCAGUCUCCUUCCCAUCGAACUCGUCUCUGCCAAAUGCAACAGCCGUUGCGAGUGCCUUGACUCCUGCGAUUAGCGAUGGUAACACAAGUAUCCCAAUCACUGGAAAUUCUACCUCCUCUCAAGAUGCUGAUGACUGCAAUAGCAACCCGUGCCAGAAUGGAGCCACGUGUACCAAUACCAUGGAAGGCUUUGAUUGUGCCUGUGUACUGGGAUUCAAUGGCACCACGUGUGAUAUGAAGUUUCAAAUCUAA